UUAUGAGAAAGAUAUUAUCCUCAGCUAUUGCAAUAAGUCUUAGACGUACUCCAUUAGUAGUUCCCAAACGUACAUAACGUUUAGCAGCUACUUUAAUCUCUCUUCCACUAAUAAGAUAUGGCUUUUAAGUAUGAGAUCAAAAAUAGAUUAGACACUAAAUCUUAAUGAUGCCUAUGAAGUUUCAAUAGAAGAUAAUUUAAAUGAAGGUGAAAUGAGAGAAGUAUAAGUUGGUCCAAAAAAAGAAGAUGCUGUUUUAGUAUGCAAAGUUGAUGGACAGAUCUAUUGUGUUUCUAAUUCAUGUCCACAUGUAGGAGCUCCACUUUCUGCAGGAUUUUUAGUUGGUGAUAAAGUCAAAUGUCCAUUUCAUAAUGCCAGUUUUUCAGUUAAAGAUGGUGUUCAUGAAGAAGGACCAAUGUUUAGAGGAUUAUAAACAUUCCCUGUCAAAUAAGAAAAUGGAUAAUUAGUUAUAAGAGUAGAAAAAUAAUUAUUAAAUGCUCCAAGAACAUUAAAUAUGGUAACAAAAGGUGAUGAUCCAACACAUGUAGUGAUUGUUGGUGGAGGGUAUAAUUAUUGAUUAAAUAUAUAAGAGUAUCCGGUUAGAGUGCAGCUGAGACACUUCGUUAGGCUGGAUUUAGAGGAAGAAUAACUAUUAUUACAGCUGAGGAUUCAUUACCUUAUGAUAGAACUCCAAUGAGCAAAAUGACAUUUAUGGUUAAAUAAUAGGGUUUGUAAAUUAGACCUUAGUCAUUUUAUGAAUAGUAUGGAAUAGAUGUAAUGACUAAUACUACAGUUGACUCUAUUGAUAUUAAUAAUUAAGAUGUUGUUGUUGGAUAAGAGAAAAUUCAUUAUGAUAAAUUAUUAUUGGCAACAGGUGGUACUGCUCGUAGACCUCAAUUAGAUGGAGUCAAUUUAGGAAAUGUACACACUUUAAGAUAAUUCAAUGAUUUAUAAUCAAUAAGAGAUAAAGCAAAAACAGCAAAAAAUAUAGUAGUUGUAGGUGCUUCAUUUAUUGGAAUGGAGACAGCUUCAGCUAUUAAAAAAGAAUUAAAAGAUUAAGUCAAUAUAAUAGUUGUAGACAGUACAACAGUUCCAUUUGAAAGAGUUCUUGGUAAAGAAGUAGGAGGAUCUCUAUAAAAAUUACAUGAAGCUAAUGGAGUUGAAUUUGAAUUGAAUGCUGGAGUCAAAAGAAUUGGUGGAGUUGGUUAAGUAUAAAGAGUUGAUUUAUUAAAUGGAAAAUCAUUAUAAGCAGAUUUAGUUAUUUUAGGAACAGGAAUUCAACCAAAUAAUAAACUUGCUAAAGAUUAAUUAAAAAUAUCACCAAAUGGUGGUAUUGAAACAGAUGUGUUCUUGAAAGCUGCCAAGAAUGUUUAUGCAUCAGGUGAUAUAUCAAGUUAUCCAUAUUGGGUUACUGGUGAACAUGUUAGAAUUGAACAUUAAAAUGAAGCUGUUAGAUAAGGGUAAGAUAUUUGAUUAAUUUUAGAUAUGUUGCUGCUUUGAAUAUUUUAGGUAGACCAACUCCUUUGACAGAUGUACCAUUCUUUUGGACAAGAUAAUGGGAUAGAACCUUAGCAUAUAGUGGAGUUGGAUAAGGAUUUGAUGAAGUUAUUGUGGAUGGAGACUUAAGUCAAUAAAAAUUUGUUGCUUAUUAUGCUAGAAAAGGACGUGUUGUAGCUUCUGCUAGUAUGAAUACUCCUAAUGUAUGAUAUUUUUAUUAAUUUUAAAGGCUUAAAUGAUUAUAUCUGAAGCAUUAAGAUUGAAUGUUAUGCCAAGUGCUGAGGAUUUAAAGGAAAAGAAAGUCAAUUUAGAUGAUAUUAAGAAGAUUGUCUUAAGUAAAGGAUCAUCUUGCCAUUGUAAACGUGCUGGAUAAUGCUAAUCAUAAUUAUGAGU